UGCGCAGAGCAGCACAGCACAGACCAGACCAGAGCACUGAGCUGAGUUCAGCCAGCUGGGACCCCAGGGCUGUGCUGGCUAUGCCAACCCCCUCUGCACCGUGCCUGGCUGGGGCUGGGGGCUGAGUGGGAAGCCCUGAGUCAGGCGCCCUGGUCGUGGGGACUGGCUACUCCCUGGAGGACUCAGGACCUGGGCGCUGUCGCUGCAGCUUGGCCCGAAGGGAGGCCUGAGCUGGGUGCUGGCUUCUGCAAGGGGAAGGGGCUCCCCGCUGGGGCCACUCAUGGCUGGCAGGAACAGCCCCUGGUGCUGGCUCUGACCCUGCAGGUCCAGGAGAUGCUGGCUGCGGGGUUAGGGCUCUUUCUCCUGCUCCUGUCCAGAGCAGGGCUCCCUGCCCACCCGGACUCUGUCAACUGCUCCCAGGGCCUGUCCUGCCGGCUGCUGGAGGACGAUGUGUUGUGCAGCCCUGGGGCCGUGGGGCUGGCCUCUGGUCCAGUUCUGGUGCCAACCCAAAUGACGAUGGAGUCUGUGCUGCACUGCGCAGCGGCAUCUGACUGCUUCCCCUGCGUGCAGAUCAACCUGCAGCUGGCUGUGCUGGGGCCCCAGGAGGAGGUGGCAGGUGAGGGGACCCAAGAUGGACCUGGGAUGGACGCCCUGCGGCAUCAGGACAGUGGGCCCCUGCGGAGCUGGGUGCUGCUCUCGGUGCGGACGUACCCCUCCUCUCGCUGUGUUGCCAUCGAAGUCCAGCUGCCCCGCGCCUUGGCACGCCCCAAUAGCACUGUGGGCUCCAUGUGGUUUCACUGCUUCAAGGCGGCCCUGCAAGGGGAACUGCACGUCACGUCCUACACGAGUCCCCGGUACCGGGAGGUGCUGAGCCAGACACACCGUGUGCCCGACUGUUCCUGGCCUGCAGCACGGGCUGCCAUCCGGGUGUGCCAAGUGCCCAGGGUGCAGAUCUUCGUGGGGCCGGAGCACGUGGUGGUACAGUUGCAGGACGUGCCCGCGGGGCAGAUCUUCAUCGUGUGGUUCUAUUGGAACCAGACACGUCGAGACAAAGGACUCAGGAUAGAGAGGGGGCUUCAGAACUACAGCCUGCCCUCCGCCCAGCUGCUGCCCUGCCUCUGUCUGCAGGUCUGGCCAGAUAUCCCGGAUCCCCCCAGGACCAGCCGCUGCCCCUUCACUAAGGAGCCUGCGGCGUGGACCCGGCUGUGGGCACAGGCCCAGCUGAAGCUGUAUCUCACUGAGGGGAAGCUGAGCUGCUCCGUGUCGGCGCCAUGCAUGGUGCCAGCCGACCUCGUGCCCUGCUGGAGGCUGAAGAACGCCGGGCCCUGCCAUGAGCUGCCCCACCUGCGCCAGGCCCUCACCGUGCCUGGUCUCCACGAGUUUGGCACGUUGCAGCCUCAUCCGAACCUGUGUGUCCAGGUGUGGAGUGGUGGGCAGGUCCAGCUCAUGCAGUGCCUGCAGGAAGGUGCCCUGCGGGGCCAGCCGGCCGACCUCUUGCUGAUGGAGACCAGGGACCCACAGGGGAACAUCUUGCUCUGUGCCGUGGAGCGAGGCACCUGCACUCCACUGGCCAACUCCACCUGUAUGGGAGUUGGGGUGGGGGCCCUGGAGCAGCAGCUGCGACGGGAUGUGCAGUCGGAGCAGUGUGUGCAGGUCAGUGCCGUGGGGGAGCGGUAUUGUCACACGCAGGGGGGUAGAUGGGUCAGUAACCGGCAGCUGUCUCCACAGGUCUGGCGUGCGGAGGGCAGCGUGGUGGGCACCGGCUGGGCCUGCUCGCUGGAGAAGUAUCUCCGGGCCCACUGGGCGCUGGCUUGGAUGGGGGUUCUCCUCAGCACCUUCUGCAUCCUGCUCCUGCUCCUGCUCAAGAAGGAAAAUCUGAAAGGGUGGCUGAAGAUGCUGAAGGAGGAUUAUAGCCCUGGGGGCGUGCUGCGGGGCCGGCGCGCCCUGAUCCUCUACUCGCCCGACCACGCCGGCUUUGAGCGGCUGGUGAGCACCCUGGCCUGCGCCCUGACACGGCUGCAGCUGGCGGUGUCAGUGGAGCUGUGGAGCCGGGCCGAGCUCUGUGCCAUCGGCCCCAUGCAGUGGUUCCAUGCCCAGCGGCUGCGGGUCCUACAGGAGGGCGGCACAGUGGUCCUGCUGUUCUCCAGGGGCGCCGUGGCCAGGUGCACGGAGUGGCUGCUCUGGAAGCCGGGGGAACUGCUGCCCCGGGAUGAUCCGUGCAGCGCCUUCUCGGCCUCCCUCAACUGCAUCCUCCCCGAUUUCCUGGCUGGCAAGGCUGGGGGCCGGUACCUGGUUGCCUGCUUUGAGGAUCUCCUCCAGCCGUCCGACAUCCCGGAGCUCUUCCGCUCCGUGCCCAUCUUCACACUGCCCUCCCAGCUGCCCACAUUCCUCCUGGCGCUGGCUGGCACUGCUGCUGGCAGGGAGCAGAAGAGCAGCCUGAAGAAGCACUCCCUGUGGAUCAGCGACAGCCUGCAGCGCGCCAUCCGAGAGUGCCAGCUGCAGGAGCCCGAUGGGCACUGCCCACCACAGGCGUCCGCCCUGCCUGGGAGCGGGCAGGUACUGAUGGGUGCAAAGAGUGAGGCUGGCAAGCUCUCUCCACCCAUGGGCUCCACGUAACUGAGACUCUGUCCACUGAGACUCUGGGCACUGUCGGCAGACAGGAUACUGGGCUAGAUGGACCUUUGGCCGGAGGCAGUGGGGCCAUUCUUAUGUUCUCCUGCCAAGCCAGAGUGUGUCUGCCACUGUCUCUGCACCAGCUGGGCUGGGCACGGAGGGCAAGGUUCCACUGGCACCUGGCUGGAGCAUAUGCUGGCAGGGCCUGGCCCCUGCCCUGUGGCGGGCUCUGCGGGACACUGCCCCACACGCCCAAUAAAGGCCAGUUAUUUUUCUAAUGGUGCGUGGGCGUUUUCUGGGCUCCGGGCUAGAAGCAAGUAGAUGGGGCCCGGCCAUGAGUGGGGUCGGGCUGUGCCAGGCCAGGCGGGGGCCCGGCUGUGACACCGGUGCCUGUGGGAGCCAGCCGAGGUCACUCAAUCAGGGUGAACUGCAAACAGACCGGGGCAGACAAACCCCAAACGCUGAUGGAUAUUCCAAUACUGAGAUUUACCAACCAGCCCCAAACAGCCUCUGUGUUACCUCCCUGGUUACUCAGAUGUCCAAACAACGCAGUUCCCUUAAAAUGCCCAGCCUCAGGCCUCUGUCCAGACACACACGUCAAACAUAUGGUGAUAAAUUCUGAAAAUCUCAUCAUAUAAAAAGAAAAGGUUCUCCCAAUCCCAAAGGAUCAGCCACACACCCAGGUCAAAUGAUAACUUACCCAAAAUACACGCUAUAGCCAAUUCUUAUUAACUAAACUAAAAUGUAUUAAAAAAGAAGCGAGCGAGCGAGAGAGAGAGAGAGUUGGUUGAAAGAUCAAUUUACAGACAGACUUGAGUUCAAUUACUGAGGGCCAGAUCCAUAGCUGAGAUGGUGAGUUUGUAGUUGCCAAAAGUUCUUUUAGAAAUAGUGAUAGAAUCUUAGAAUAUCAGGGUUGGAAGGGACCUCAGGAGGUAUCUAGUCCAACCCCCUGUUCAAAGCAGGACCAAUCCCCAACUAAAUCAUCCCAGCCAGGGCUUUGUCAAGCCUGACCUUAGAGGUUUUUAAGGAAGGAGAUUCUACCACCUCCCUAGGGAACCCAUUCCAGUGCUUCACCACCCUCCUAGUGAAAUAGUGUUUCCUAAUAUCCAACCUAGACCUCCCCCACUGCAACUUGAAUAUAUUCCAUAGGUUAGUCCAAUGUCCAUCAGUGUUUUCCCCAGGAAUUGAAAUUAGGGGGGUGUUUGAAUUUACAGGGGGGGGGGGGUCAGGGCUGAUGAGGGGUGAGACUGUGAGGGUGACGGUGGGCUGUAUGGCACCAUAGUAAAAAGUGAAAACUGUUUCAUGACCAUUUUAUUAGAUUUAACUCAUGUUUUGAAAGAAUCACACAAAUUAAAAUUGGCUACUCAAGCAUUCUAUGAA